CCAACCAAAGCACCAGAGUGGCAGCACAGCAGUGGUACCUCACGUGAAGCGUUCAAACUGGAUGAGUCGGCGACCUGCGGGGAUCGACGAAUAGGGGAAUGCCGUCAACCGGUCCCAUUCCAUUCAGUUUGAAUCAGUCGGUUCGGUCGGUCGGUCGGUCAGCCAAGUCGGCUUAGGAACGCAGUUUGAGUUCGCGUUGCAUUACAGUUGCCUUUCGUGCAUGAGUUUAACAGCGGACAGUUGCUGAUCCUUUGAUAUACCAUCACAAUUUACGAUUACGGAUUACGCGCACAGGAACCGAGGGGAAGUGCACCUUAUAGAAUUGAUGUAAUUAGAACGCGUGGUUUACAGUUGGUGAACAAACAACAACAGCGCAAUCGAAUUAUACACCUGGAAGAAUGGAUGCAGUGUUUUGAUCAUUGGCAGCAAUACGAGUCACAAAAUGUGCUAGUCUUAAAACUCAAACUUUAAAUAGUUUCAACUUCAACUCGUCUACCGAGUUCUACAUUCAAAUGAAAUCACGCAGGCUGCAAAGUGCGGCAGACACAAGCGAAGAACAUUAUAGCAGCAGCAACCAAAUCUACCGCCAGCCCUCACAUAGCCAACCUUCAGCCACCGCCUCCACUCAGCCGCUCGGGGCACGUCUUUCUCGAAUAUUAGCAGCAGCAGCAGCUAACCGAAGUACGGCAGUACCCAGUUAGUAGGUUCACAGGUGAAAUAUUAAGCACAGGAAAACGGAAGCCGGAGAAAUGUUGCAAACGCUGUCCCCAGGCAAAAAGCUAAUCCCGCUUUUGAUGGUCGAGCUGGUCACUCUGGCAGUUGGGUACGUAUCCUCGGAUCCGUCGCCCUCGAAGUAUAAUCCUAAUGCAAUUCGCAUCAACAAAUGCUGCGAAAAGUUCGAGGUUAUGCUGGACGGCAAGUGCACCGUUGCGGAGACCAUCAAUGCAACUGUUUGGGUGCCGCAAUUCACCGGCCGUAAUGGCGAGCAGAAUGUCCAGGUCGAAGCAGUCCGGUACGUCAUCGGGGCCCCCGACUGUGGUAGCAUGCAGAAGUGGCCCAUAUUUCACUACGAGAAGAGCGAGGACAAACUGAUUCUGUUCCCGGACGGUAAGGUGCGACACUUGAUACUGGAUCCGCACGCACGGGACGAACCGGAAGAGGAAUGGGAUCAACUCUACUCGGCCGAGCCACGGAUGGAGGCGCCGUUCCAGUACGACUACGAACAGGGCCAGUACUGUUUGGACAAGGCACUGAGCAGCAACGAACGGCAGCCGGAGGGAAUUUUCGCCACCGUGUGCUCCCCGGAAAAGGCAGUCCGGUGGACCGACAGUGACUUCCUGCUGCGCAAGAUAAUCAAUCCCAUCUGUCACGGGAUCGCGAUGAUCAUACUGCUGGUGGUGGCGGUGGUGUACUUCGUGCUGCCCACGUUGAGGGACCUCGUUGGAAACAUCGUCACCUCAAUCACGGUGUGCCUUAUCAUUGCCCAGGCUGCCGAUCUGGUUCGAAUAUUCACCGAGUUCAGCAACCACGUCAGCUUCAUCGUGGCCGAUUCGUUCUUCUACAUCAGCCUGCUGGCGGCUUUCUUCUGGCUCAACAGUUUGGGUUACUACAUCUGGAAAACAUUCCGCGCGCGAAACGUCUUCCUGCGAGUGACGGACGGGCGUAAGUACUGCUGGUACUCGGGAUACGCGUGGGGCGCGACGGCAACCAUGGCCGGUGUGGCAAUAUUUUCGCACUUUUUCCUGGACGGACCGAACGGGAAGCGAAACACCAGCAUUUUCGAGAAUCAGGAAACAAUCGGUUGGCUUGGGAUUGCAGUGUUUUUCACACCGAUCGCUUUCAUCAUUAUAAUUAACACGUUUUUCUACGUGACGACUCUGAAAUUUAUCAACCGGAUGAAUACGUACGGCAGAAUACACCACAAGUUGAAAUGCAACUUUGUUAUGUUCACUUUAAUCUUCCUCGUCAUGAGUACAUCAUGGCUCUUCCUGAUCCUCUCAUGGCUCCACUUCGAUGCACUGCUGUACACGCAUAUCAUUGUGAAUGCACUACAGGCCCCGUGCAUUUUGUACAUAUGCGUUCUCCGGCAGAAACACGUAACCUUUCUGCUGAAGAAAUCGUGCUGCUAUAAUGAACCACCGCAAGCAUCCGAUUGGGGUGAUGAGAUGACGUAUAUGAACGGAGGUGACUACUGACCCCACUGACCGAUGAUAGAUAGCAGCGCUCGCGCCGAACUAGGAAUCUACACUAAAGAAUCUCACCAACCGUGGUCUUCCCCAGAGGCUUAUCUAGCUUCGAGUAGCAGCUAGAGACGGCAGCGUAGGAGUUAACAUUCCUGAAUCUCUAAGAUUCGAAGAAAAACAAAUGAACCAAUCGACAUCCGAGCCGCAAGGGCAGCAUUAUUUUCGAAAGAAAUAACUAUACACGUCCAGUUUUUCAUUAGGCUACGAAAGAAAACGAUAAAUUAUUAACAAUAGUCUGUAAGAGCGCUAUUUCAUGUAUGAUAACACCGCUUAUUUUCCUCGGCGUACGUUGUGAGGAAACUAUGUGUUGCUAGAUUUAUAUAUUGGUAAACAACAGCUGAACUACUGUGUACACUCAAGUAGAUUAACCUUGACAAAGACUCAAUAAAUAUUAAGAUACAAAGAAU